AUGGACAUCGACCUCGACCGGGCGCGCGCGCUUCGCGUCCUCGGCCGCGGCGCCAUGGGCACCGUGUUCCUCGUCGCGGAGGCGGGCCCCUCGGCCUCGCGCCCCAGCCGGUACGCCCUCAAGGUCUUCGACAAGCGCUCCGGCAGCAGCAAGCCCGACGCCGACCGCCGCGCGCGGUGGGAGAUCAACGUGCUGUCCCGCCUCGCGCACCCGCACCUCCCCUCCCUCCUCGGCUUCACCGAGACGGACGACCUCCUCGCGUGGGCCGUCCCGUACUGCUCCGGCGGCGACCUCAACGAGCUCCGCUACUCGCUCCCCGACCGCGUCUUCUCCCCCGCGGCCAUCCGCUUCUACAUUGCCGAGAUCGUCUCCGCGGUCGCCGAGCUCCACGCCGCGGGCGUCGUGUACCGCGACCUCAAGCCCGAGAACGUGCUCCUCCGCGCCGACGGCCACGUCACGCUCACCGACUUCGACCUGUCCCGCCUCCUCAAUCCCAGGCCAAGUCGUACUCCAACUCCAACUCCAAGCCCCUCAUCAGCCGUGGUCCGCGGCGGCGUCGCCGCGGCAGCAGCUCCAGAGCCUGGUCCGGUACAUCAUGGGCAGCGGCGGCGACGGAGCCGGGGUGGGCAGCAGGAAGAGCAAGUCGGCGCGGGUGUCGCCCGUGAGCCGGAAGCCCGCGAGCUUCGGCGGCUGCGGCUCGGGCGCGUCGGCCGCCGCCGCCGCGUGGGGCAAGUCCUACUCCUUCGUGGGCACGGAGGAGUACGUGGCGCCGGAGAUGGUGCGCGGCGAGGGCACUGCUUCGCCGUCGACUGGUGGGCCGUCGGCGUGCUGGUCUACGAGAUGGCGUUCGGGCGGACGCCGUUCAAGGGCAGAACCGCAAGGAGACGUUCCGGAACGUGCUGCAGAAGGAGCUCGAGUUCCCGGGCGACAGCUGCGACGGACACGGAGCUCGCAGACCUCAUCUCGGGCCUGCUGGAGCGGGACCCGAGGAGGAGGCUCGGGUACGCAGGCGGCGCCGACGAGAUCCGCGCCCACCCGUUCUUCGCCGGCGUGGCGUGGGACAUGCUCAUGGAGGUGUGCCGGCCGCCCUACAUCCCGCCGCCGGCCGACGAGGACCUCGCGGACGGCGCCGAGGGGUUCGACGUGAGGGGCCACUUCAAGGACCUUCACCAGCCACCGCCGACGAAGUCUGCGUCGGAGUCGUCCUCGUCGGACUUCUCGACGGAGUUCUGA